AUGAGCUCCAUAGACUUUGAUGAGGUCUUGGUGCAUGUCGGUGAGAAGGGCCGAUAUCAAAAUAUUAUGUACUAUCUCUUAUGCAUACCGGCUACGCUACCAGCGGCUUUCUUGGCCUUUUCUCAGGUAUUUGUAAGUGCGACACCAGAUCAUUGGUGCAGGAUACCAGAGCUAGAAAAUGUAACAAGUUACAUGACACUAGACGAACGUAAGGCGUUAUCGUUACCCUACACUGUAAGAUCAGACGGCAAACGUCAGUACUCAAGGUGUUUCAUGUACGACGUAAAUUACACCUCGAUAAUAGAAGAAUGGCUGCACCAAGUAAAUUAUUUGGCGAACGACGGGAUUUCGAGCGCGCAGUUUCCCACCCCCGUCAGCAAAAGGGAAUGGCCCGUCACCAAGUGCAUCUACGGGUGGAGUUACGACAAACGAGACUACGACAGCACUCUCGUCACAGAGCUAGAUCUGGUAUGUGACAACAGUUGGCUACCAUCUACAUCCACGACAUUCUUCUACGUCGGAAGUCUGUUUGGCAACGUAGUGUUCGGAUGGAUCGCUGACAAAUGGGGCAGAAGAACAGCUUUCUUCGCGAUACUCUUUCUAGAAGUAAUAUUUUCAAUAGCAACGAGUUUUAGUCCUAAUUACGUUGUGUACACAGCACUUAGGACUGUCAACGUGUUGGAACUAAUGGGUCCAAGGUACAGAACUUUUGCGGGAAUGGUUAUUUGUAUGUUUUUUGCCACCGCCAUGUGUCUUCUCGCGUUGCUGGGAUAUCUUUUAAGAAAUUGGUUCGCGCUGUCUCUAGCAACGUCGGUACCUUUUAUUUUACUAUUCAGCUAUUGGUGGAUAAUUCCAGAGUCUCCUAGAUGGCUUCUUAGUAAAAAUAGGAUAGACGAAGCUGAAGUAAUAGUCCAACAAAUGGCGCGAAUAAAUAAAAAAACUGUUCCAACUAAUUUUUUACGCAAAAUAGAGAUGGAAACUUUAAAAAAACGCGGACUAGCGUGCAAUGGGAAGAAUUCAAGUGAACUAACUUUAGAAAUGCAGAACAUUGAAGACCGGCCACCACCCCCGUCAGCAACUCCGAUGGACAUAAUAAAAAACCCGAAUAUACGAAAAAAAUUUUUUAUACUGGCAUUCGAUUGGGUUGCUAAUGCCGUUGUUUAUAAUGGCCUCUCGUACAACACGACAAAUCUCGGAGUCUCUGACUACCUCGCAUUCUUUAUCGGUGGUAUUGUUGAAAUACCGUCUUAUUUUAUUACUUGGUAUGCUAUGGAUAGACUCGGAAGACGAUGGGUUCUGUGUCUUACAAUGCUUCUUGCGUCAUUUGCAGUAUUUUACGUGUUUGUCGGUGAAUUACUCCCCACAGUGCUGCGUUCUCAAGCCAUGGGAAUAGCAUCAUUUAUCGCUGGAAUAGGAUUAUUAACAUUUCCAUACAUAGUACAUUUAGCAGUAUACUCCCGAGUCUUACCACUUAUAAUAAUGGGAUCACUGAGUGUCGCCGGUGCACUUACGUCUGUUUUUUUACCGGAAACUCUCAAUAUUCAUUUGCCACAGACAAUCGAGGAAGGCGAACGUUUUGGAGCUGAUUUUAAACUGUGGUCCUGCCCGACCUUACCAAAAAGUUCAACUUCUAAAAAAAGAAGACGACCGUCUUUGUCGUUAAGAUAUUUAGUGAAUGGCCGGCCGGGGAGCCGCAGAAGGUCCACUAAGAUAACUUCCGAAGCCGGACAGCAAAACCAACAAGAACCCGGUGAAAAAACAGUAGUGACGAUCGAUCGAGCGGUUCUAUUCAGGAUUCGG